AGAAGAGUGUUCCGUUUAGGUAAUUAGAAACUGAGAGAUAGUAGAGCUUUUAUAUUUAUCAAUAUCUUUAUUAGAUAUCAGUCAUUUGAAGUUAGUAAGAGAUGCUUUGAAGGGAAGUCACUUCAUUGAUGCUGACUGGUUUGACCUUGGAGUGGAAUUAGACCUACUUUAUCCUCAGUUGAAGAAUAUUGAAGAUACUUAUGUGAAUAAUCCAUCACGUUGCUUGAGGAAGUGUUUGAGCUUGUGGUUGACUUCAGCUAAUAAUCGUACUUGGGAAUCAUUAGCUAGUGCACUUGAGAGAAUGAAUCAAAAACCAGCUGCUACACUCAUCCGUAACACAUAUGAUGAUCCUGCUAGUCAGAUAUUGCAGCAUUACAGUGAUAGAAUAUCACAAGUAUUUCUCACUAAUAGUUGUAUCCAGUUGUUAUAUACAGAAGGAUUAAUCACUGAGGAUACACAAAGGAAGAUUGAGAGAUGUGGUGGCUCAUUAAGUGUUGCAUUAAGAGAAUUAAUGAUUGCAGUAUCUGAUGAUCACAGUAAGCUGAGGUCACUAGGCAAUAUAUUAAUGGAAUUAGAAGAAACUAAACCUUUAGCUCAAGAUAUUAUUAAAGAUUGUGAUGAAACUUUUAAUAAACCAGUGACUGCAGUUGUAGUUAGACCAGUUAGAUCUACCAGUAGUACAGUCAAUAUUUUGCCUAUUGUAAACACACCAGUAUCAGCAGGAGAGUUCUUUUUCAAUGCAGCAUAUCAGCCAAUUUUUAAUGAGGUCAGAGGUCAUUUUGGUAUUCUUCGAGAUAAGAUAGUUCCAUUGAUAUCUCAAUCAAAAGCAUCCAUUGAAGAAAUGAAGUCAUUCCUUCAACUAUCCUUCCCUGAAAUGAGUGCUGAGCUGUCUAAUGUUCAUAGUAUUGAAAGCAUUAUGAAUGUUGUUGUGAAGAGUUGCAGAGUCAAUGACAUCUCAAUAAUAAAAAUAAUUGUGCUACGCUUUGAAAUCACUCAAGCUGAAGAUCUUAUAUCAAAAUAUGAAGGAAUAGUCAAGAGAGUUUGUGGCUCAUUAAAAGACUUCCUUAGUCAGAAUCAGCCCGAACAUCUUAGCAAUUACAAUACAAUUCAGUUUACUUUGGGAUGGGAACCAGAUGAGCACUCACUUGAUGACAUACGUAAUCUCUUAGAGGAAGCAUUUAAAGAAUUAAAUAAGAGGAUUAUUGUACAAACCAUUCAUCGUGGGAACUCCAUCAUUAUCAUCUGUUAUGUUCCACAUCAUUUACUAGCUGCUCUUCUCUUGGAAGCACAAGACAACCUAACUGUCUUGAUGAAGAAAUUCAGUUUAAUUAGACUAAUCAUUGGCCACUACACUGUCUAUGAUAAAAGGAUCAGAUACAAAGUAAUGAAUAAUGAAUGUCUUAAAGAAGAGAUUAAACUAGCUGAUGGAGAGGAACAAGAACUGAGGACUUUACUUGAUUACAAAGAAGGAUCAAUAUUUGAACAAGAAAAACAACUGAAAAUCAUCAAAAAAAGAAAAGAUUCAAAACUGAGAGUGGAGCUACUGACUGGAGGGAAAUUGAUAAAUAAAAUAUUCAAAUCAAAGAAAUCAGAGACUCGGUAUUUCCGAACCUCUCUCCUAAUGAAAGCAGGAAGAGAGAAGGCAUUAGUGGAGUAUAAGAAAGAGAUUGAGUUACUACAAGAAAAUAUAUCAAUAAAUAGUUCACAACUGCUGAGGAGUCAAAAGGGAAAUAUUGACAAGAAGGAUUGGUAUGCACAACAACAUUUAGCAGAAUCAAGAUACAUAGCACUUUGCAACUACAUUGCCAUAUGGAGCAGUGAUCUUUCAUUCAGUGAAGGAGAGCAGCUCGUGAUACACAGUAAAGGUGACAAUUGGUGGAAAGGAAAAUCCUUGAUGUCUGGUGAUGAGGGAGUCAUUCCUAGUAGUUGUGUUUACUCAUUGUUGGAGUCACUUCAAUUGUUAGAGUUUAUACUGUCAGUGGAAGAAGAGUCACUGGAAAUGUCGACUGGCCUCAGUGCAGUGACAGUGUAUACCUUAACUAUGCAUCUCCAGUUCAGUGUAAUGAAGUGA